AUGUCCUCUACGUUUCUGGUUGCGUUGUGCCAAGCCAUGGACCUGCGCCACCUUGAAGAGAAUGUCAAGAACGCCGUCAAGAAUUGUGUCACAAGAGUAGCCAGGAAGACCCUGAUCACAAAUGACAUGGGUGGCCUCCACAACGCUCGUUUUUGUGAGAUGGACUUGCUUCAGACAAUCGACCGGGAGGCGGUGUUUGCAUACGCAGACGACCCUUGCAGCGCCAACUACCCUCUCAUGAAGAAGAUGCGUGCGGUGCUGGUGGAGCACGCCUUGGCCAACGGCGAGGCUGAGCGCAACGCGGAAACCUCAGUGUUUGCCAAGGUUGCUACAUUCGAGCAGGAGCUCUGCGCGGCACUGCCUCAGGAGGUCGAGGCUGCUAGAGGUGCAGUGGAGAAUGGCACCGCCGCAGAACCGAACCGUAUCGCUGACUGCCGGUCAUACCCUCUGUACCGGUUCGUGCGCAAGGAGUUAGGGACGGUGUACUUGACCGGAGAGAAGACACGGUCACCUGGGGAGGAGGUGGACAAAGUGUUCAUUGCCAUGAACCAGGGAAAGCACAUCGACGCUCUGCUGGAGUGCCUGAAGGAGUGGAACGGCGAGCCUCUGCCUAUCUGCUAA